UGUGUUGAGAGCAGAGCUGAGAUGUUUGGUGAGUCACUACUCGUGUGAAGGAGCCGCGCGUUUUGACAGAUCAGAGCUCAGUGGCUGAUGAUUCAUCAUGUAGACACGCCGAUACUCAUAAUUAUAACUGUUUGGACUUCAAAAGCCCAGUUUGACUGCUUGCAGAAACUAAAAUGAGUGUUUGAGAUGUAAGAGGAGGAGGAGUGCAGCAGAGGAGCUUUGUGUCUCUGCUGCGUCGCUACCUUUAUGCGUCUGUGGCGAGUUCAGGCAUGUCCCAGUGCCCUCCGAAUGUGAACAAUGAUCCGUUUCCUGUGGCGUCUUACAGGAGAAGAACGGCUGUUUACAAGGUUUCUGCUAAACAAGCAGAGAAUUGCCUCACUGCUGGAGAUCUCCGGGGUUCUGGGCUGUGGGGGGGAUUCAGUCUGACAAGAACCAGACCCUCUGUCAGAUCUGGAGGAGACACCGGGACGUCCGCCUUAUGGAGGAGCAGCGAUCUGAGCUCGUGACAACAAGUUCAGGAGAUGUCAGGUCCUCCUGCUGACGGGGCUUUUAGUGAUCCGGUCCAGCUGGAAGAGAACUGGAGGCUCGCUGCACGUCUGAUUUUACUUCACACUGUUCUCCGUGGAAGACAGAGGAAGCAGGAAGAUCAGCAGCGGAGUUGAUCUUUUGAUUAGCCAGGACCCCUGGAAGGACAGCAGGACUGUUUACCAGCGUCUGGAUCAUAGUUGAUCCUUCUGGCUUCACCUGGCGCUGAGGUACCGCUGGCCCAGAUAGCAGGAAAUCCCCCUACUGAAGCGUGGCUGCGUCAUUUGGGAGGAUUUGUUAGGGCAUAAAUGGGAUUACUGCGUUGGUGAUGGUGCUGAUGGGGUGGACUCACCUCCACGGUGUCAGCCCCUGCCAGGUAUGACCCAGAGCCCCAACCCGCCCUGGAGAUCUCAGGUCAGGGGCACCGCUGACUGGUUCGGGGUGAGCAAGGACGGCGACAGCAGCCAGAGAUGGAGGAGGCGGAGCCUGCAGCACUGCAGCCAGCUGUACGGGGGGCUGAAGGCCCAGGUGAUGAGGGACAUGGAGCUGCAUAGCCAGGACAAUCUGUCCCUGGCCAGCACUGAGACCCCUCCUCCCCUCUACCUCCCCCCCCACCACCAUCACUAUGGGAUGCAGAGGGUCGUGGACCCUCUGGCUCGGGGCCGCGCCUUCCGCGUGGCUGAAGAGGUGGACGGCCUCAGCGUCCCGCCGACCCCCCUCACGCCCGGCGCCGCGUCCCUCUGCUCCUUUUCCAGCUCCCGCUCCGCCCUCAACAGGAUGCCCCGGCGGCGGAAGCGGGAGUCUGUUGCUGUCAUGAGCAUCAAGGCUGCAGCAGCGCUGAUGAAGGGUCGGACAUUAGGCGAGAACGCUGCUGCCAGGAGUCGCAGACGGAGCUUCAUGCCUCCCAGCUUCUUUGAGGAGGACACCGAGGAUUUCCCUGAUGAGCUGGACACAUCCUUCUUCACCAGAGACGGCUUCCUGGAGGAAUUGUCCAGUUACGCCGACGACGUCUUUGAGACGCCGUCAGAGGCCGACCUGAAGCAGCCGGAUGAGAGCGCGCUCACAGGAGGCGCUCUGGAGAGGAACAAGCUGGAGAGGACUCACCUCAUGCUGCCUUUAGAGCGAGGCUGGAGGAAGGCGAAGGACGGCUCUCUGGUCCAGCCUAAGGUGCGGCUGAAGCAGGAGGUGGUGAGUGCCAGCAGCCACAGGCAGCGAGGACAGAGGAUCGCAGUUCCUGUGAAGAAGCUGUUUGCCCGGGAGAAGAGGCCCUACGGGCUGGGCAUGGUGGGCCGGCUCACAAACCGCACCUACCGCAAGCGCCUGGACAGCUUCGUCAGGAGGCAGAUAGAAGACAUGGAUGAUCACAGGCCUUUUUUCACCUACUGGAUCACGUUUGUCCAUCUGCUGAUCACCAUCCUGGCCGUCUCCAUCUACGGCAUUGCUCCCAUCGGCUUCACGCAACACGAGACUGUCGACUCUGUGCUGAGAAAUAAGGGAGUUUAUGAAAACGUUAAAUUUGUGCAGCAACAGAACUUCUGGGUGGGUCCGAGCUCUGAGGCGCUGAUCCAUCUUGGUGCAAAGUUUUCUCCUUGCAUGCGUCAGGAUGAAGAGAUCCAAAAAUUGAUUCAGGAGACGAAAGCAAUAGAAAGAGAGUCGGGCUGCUGUGUUCGGAACGAUCGCUCUGGUUGCCUGCAGACGUUACAGGAGGAGUGUUCGAGUACCCUGGCAGUAUGGGUGAAGUGGCCUCAUCACCCCAGUGCUCCAUCUUUAGAUGGUAAACCCCGCCACCAUGGUUCAGUCUGCCAUCAGGACCCCAGAAUCUGUCAGGAACCGGCCUCAGUCUCGCCUCAUGAGUGGUCAGAUGACAUCACACAGUGGCCGAUCUGCACUAAGUAUAACUCUGGGAACCACACCAACCUGCCCCACAUAGACUGCAGCAUCACAGGCCGGCCCUGCUGCAUCGGGACCAAAGGCCGAUGUGAAAUCACUUCCAGAGAGUACUGUGACUUCAUGCACGGAUACUUUCACGAGGAGGCGACGCUCUGCUCACAGGUUGCCUGUAUGGAUGAUGUGUGUGGCUUGCUCCCCUUCCUCAACCCAGCGAUCCCAGAUCAGUUCUCCCGGCUGUGGCUGUCUCUCUUUCUUCAUGCCGGCGUCCUGCAUUGCCUGGUGUCUGUGCUCUUCCAGAUGACCGUGCUGAGGGACCUGGAGAAGCUGGCCGGCUGGCUCAGGAUCUCCAUCAUCUACAUGCUGAGCGGAAUCACAGGCAACUUGGCCUCUGCCAUCUUCCUUCCCUACAGAGCCGAGGUGGGUCCUGCUGGCAGCCAGUUUGGUAUCCUGGCCUGUCUGUUCGUGGAGCUCUUCCAGAGCUGGCAGAUCCUGGAGCGGCCGUGGCGGGCGUUCCUCAAACUGUCGGCCAUCUCUGUCUUCUUCUUUUCCUUCGGCCUGCUUCCGUGGAUCGACAACUUCGCCCACAUCUGUGGCUUUGUGUCGGGGUUCUUCCUGUCCUUUGCCUUCCUGCCGUACAUCAGCUUCGGGCGCUCUGACAUGUACCGAAAGCGAGUCCAGAUCUGCGGCUUCCUGCUGGUCUUCCUGGGCCUGCUCUCCACCCUGGCCGUUCUCUUCUACGUCUACCCGGUAAAGUGCGAGUGGUGCGAGUACCUGACCUGCGUCCCGGUCACAGACAAGUUCUGUGAGAAGUACGACCUGAACGCUCACCUCUGAACAUCAGCACCGGUGCAUCGGCACCGCUCCGUCACAUCGCUGGAGCUGCAACAAGGAAGCUAAACAUGGAGAAGUAAAGGCGUCAUUUCAGUGGGACCAGAGGGUUCUGGAUGCAUCAGAACCAGGAGAGCAUGGACUGACUGGAGGAGACAGUGUUGCUUUUAUUGGAAACUCGACUAGCGUAGCGCUGGUGCCUUGCAGCAAGAAGGUUCUGUGGCCAGAACGAUCAUUACAGGCGCUUCCAGAGGAGAUGAGGCUUUACUUUUUAACUUUUCUUCUCAAUUAAAAUCACUUAUAGAUGCUAAAAUAAUAAAAGGUGCCUUAAUUUUACCUAAACUCUCCCCUUCUCCACAGAUUUGUUUUAUUUGAGUGCAGGUUGUGAACAGUAUUACAUAAAGCUGUAUUCAUUCUAGGUUAGUCUCACAUAUUUAAAGGAGUGGGAGGAAGUAUAGGCUGAUUUUGUUCCACUCCUUCUGGGUUAUACAUCACAUAGAGUAAAUAUUAGUAAACUACAUUAUACAUAAAUAAAUAUUCAGAAAUCUGUCAUUCUCUCUGCCCUGUUUGGAAGUUCUUAAAAAGCAUCAAAUAAUUGUGUAAAAUAUGUUUUUGCUGCAGUAUUUCGUGGCUGAAUUGUGAUUUGGUCACAAAGUUUCUCACAGCCUUUUAUACUCUUUAUCCAUUAAUGGAAUAUGUUUUUAUUUCCAUCCUGUGGUAAAUAUUCAUCCUGUGAAUGAAGCGCUAGAGGCUGAAUUACUGUGAAAAUCUGUUGAAAG